AUGAUUCUAGGGAUCGGCAUUGACCUUGUACAUGUGCCUCGAAUUGCCUCGCUCAUUGCAAGACGAGGAUUUGAGGGUCUUGCUCGGCGGGUACUGAGUGACGAAGAAAUGAGCGUAUAUAGAAAGCAGUUUAUUAUUGAUGGCAGCAAAGUCAGCAUGGACAAACAAAAUGCGCUACAUCAAAAGCAGAUCAUGUUUCUCGCUUCACGAUGGUCAAUGAAAGAAGCUGUUUAUAAGGCUCUUUACCCGGUUCACAAGCUGGAAUGGAAGCAGAAACUGGUUUGGUUUUCUUCUUCAGGUAAACCCACGCUUCACGUGAUGCAUGGCGAAAAGUUUGGCAUCCGACGGUCGCACGUUUCUUUAUCGCAUGAUGGAGAGUAUAUCGUGGCUCAAGUGAUUCUGGAAAGCUGA